UACUUCCUGUUUACUACUUCUUCUUCUUUGGUGAUCACUCGUAGCUGGGUAAGAUUGUCUUCCAUUAACAUGGUCUUAACAGUGAGUACACUGUAGUUUGCAGGGGACUGAAUGUGUAACAGGUUAUGGAAGUGGAGAACACAGUUGGUAGAUGAAGGAUAUAGACAGAUGCAGGGUAUAUAAACUGGUGCAAAUGUGUAUCGUGUGCUGCUGAAAGUCAGGAAACGUAAGUCUUAUGUAGGAUUUAUUUGAAUAAAAUAUUAAAGAUGGAUUGUGGUGUAUCUUAGUAAUGCUAAAUAAAGUGACAAUUUCCAGCAUUAACAUGCAACAUUAAAAACUAAGAGCUAAUAAAAGCUUUAGAAUUCAAGAAAAACACCAUCUUUGAUGUUUAGACACCAUGUAAUUUUGGCAUCGUGCAAAUUGCCAUGGGGAAGAAAGGGUUCUACACCCAAUUUUGCUAGGUUGGCUAUUUAUACAAGCCUUGUAUGGUGGGGUGAAAAGUUAAAUAGCAUUCAUGUUUUUACUUGCUAAAUUAAAAAACCUCUCCCAAGUAGAGGAGGGGAUAGAUAAAACUUAUAGUUCAGUGUAAGGCGGCUUUAAAAAUGGAUGUCUUAUAGAUGUGUGGAAUGAUGAAGGGUGUGAGUACAUAGUGUAUGUUUUGUUCAGCUUCUUUGCAUAUCAUGUUAGUGUAUUGGGGGCCCUGUGUGGGUGUGCUACUGGUUUGCUAAUUCCAUGUAUAAAUUACAAGCCAAAGGUUAUAAGCCAAGCUUUAUGUUGACAAAGAUGGGGAGUUAAGCUGUUGCUGCUUUCUCCCCAAAGUCUACUGAACCUUAAAACUGCAACUAUGGAGACUUACUGUACCUGCAAUCCCUUUUGGAUCUGAAUCUUCAAGCUGAUCUUAUGCCUAUAGCAUCCCACCUGCUCAUUAGACACCUUUGUUAUUUUUUCUUCCCCAACUGCGCUUUUGGGAGCAAGUACAUUGGUGAUAGGCUCCGUGCAGAACAUCCGCGAACAAGAAGCUGCUCUUGUGUCAACUCAACCUUCUCCAACAGGACUAUAUAGCCUGGCAACAUUCAUCCUGCGCGCAAUAGACCAGACGGGGCAUAACGGGGAGAGACCAUAUAUACGUGUGUGUGCGUUUUAAAAGAGCCAAACCCCAGGCGCGCUAAGCCGUGUUCUUGGAGGUGCAAGACGGGUCUCGGCUGCCUAAUGCCGCCUCCCGGUCGGCGCUCGCGGGACUUUCUCUCUCCGCCUGAUAGGGGGCGGCUGCCCGCCCGUCCGCCCGCAGCCACGGCGCCCGGCUCGCUGGCCGGCCUCCGCCGAAGCCCUCGCCUCUUCUCCCCCCGCCCGGCCCUCUCGGCUCCUCCUCUCGCCUCCAACCAGCCGCGACCGCCGCGUGUCUCAUUCAUCCGCAGUGCCAGAGAGCGACGUUCGCCGCGCGGCCGGGCUCGUUCGCGGAAGCUGCCUGGAAGCCCCGGCUGAGGGCGAGAGGCUGGCCGCCGCCGCCGCCGCCUCUGAGGCGAAGAUGUCGAGCUGAACUACAACACACAGAAGGAGGAGGAGGAGGGAAGGGGCUCCCGCCGGCGGCCGCGCCAUGUCCCUGCCUCCUAUCGCGCCACCACCUGCUGCCGCCCCCCGACUCCAGCUCCGGAAUGCGCAGCAGCCGAGCCCGGGCGCUCUCAAAAAGGCGCCCCCCCUCGCGCCAGCCAAGCCCCCUCGGAAAGGUCGCGGCGGCGGGGUCCCCGCGGAGCGCCCCGGCGGCGGCGGCGGCGCCUUCUCGAGCUCUUGGCCCAGCGCUUCUCUCCCGAGGCAGCUGCCGCGCAACAGAGGCGCCCCGCCCGCCAGGAACCCGCCCGCCCCGGCCGCGGGGGCGCCUCCGUCUCCGGCGUCGCGAGGCCGCUCGGUCGUGGGGCCGCCGGGCCCGGGCGCGCGCUCCUGCGAGAGCCUUUGCGCGGCGGCGCAAGCGGGUCGCGGGGAGGCCGCGCUGCGCUUCUCGCUCAGCCUGCCUCCCGAGGCGAUCCGGGUGCUCCAGCGCCGGAGCCUAGAGAAGCAGCAGCAGCAACAGCAGCGGCGGCCACGCGGGAGGACGCCCCGCUCCGCCUCCCCGGACGCCGCGAAGCGCCCCCUGGCUGGGUGCUCGGCCGGCGGCGGGGACUUGCGCGCGCUGCUGCAGGUGUCGCUGCUCAACGAGCGCCACCGCUACGACGACGUGGAGUACGAGGAGGAGGCCGACGGCGAAGGGGCGGCCGGCGUCCCCGGAGCGCGCGCGGCCGACGAAGGGCUGGUGCGCAAGUGCACCGAGUGGCUCCGCGGCGUCGAGAGCGCCGCCGCCCGCGACCGCGCCGACAAGCUGGACACGCUGCCGCACUUGGGCACCCUGUGAGCGGACGGCCAGGGGCUCCCUCUCCCGGGCCCUCGGCCCAGAAGCAGGCAGACCCGAGCCCGCCGUUCUCUUCCUCAGGGUGGUGGCGUAGUUGGUUCUUCGUCGCCAAAGGUCGCCUUCCCGCAUCACCUGUUGUUGACUGUGAACGGAUUUCCUCCUCUAUCGGCAGAAAGCUCUUCCACCGGCCUGGCCUGUGACUAUGUGUGUGUUUUCUGAAAAAUAACAUAACACGUUGCGUUAGGCUGAGCUUCCAAGCUCAACCACGCCUCUGUCUGUUAUAAGAAUUGCUUUCAUCUCGACCCUUUUUCAAUGGAUUACUGCAGCUCAGACGAACAAUUCAUCUCUGUGCACAUAGUGCGUGGAAGGAAAUGUGCUUAAUCGCCCCCUACACCCUUUUGAGCAUGAGAGGUGCCUCCCUCUUGGGCACCCUGCGCUGGGAAUCUGUUCCACAUUUGUUUGGGGCUGUUGUUGCUCAAAAUCUUAAUUGAAAAAGACAGUUUUUCUGAUAAUCUUAUGGAAAACCAAUCCUUUGUGUCAUUUUUGGCUGGGAUAAUAGAGACAAUAGCUUUAAAGUGAUGGGGAACGAAGUUCAGCCUCUCUCUGUAUAGAUUUUACGGUGGCCAAAUGUAAAUGUUGAACUUUUUCAUGAUUGUGUUUAACUUAUUAUGGUAACAUAGCAAUGUGUUUUUAUUUUUGUAGCCUGUGAAAAGAACUGAGUGCACAGAGACAGCUGAAUAUUUUUUGUCACAUUUUAUAAAAGCAUAAUUCGCAGCCUAAGGUCCAGGAGAAGGUAAGGAAUCUUGUUAGUUUCUCCAAUUUUUCUUCCCUGUUCCUGAGACUGCGAAAUUUAGGGAAGAGCUUUUGUUUUACAUGACUAAGUGCAGGUGACUCCAAAGAAAGAGGCUGUGUACAGUACAAAAACUUGGCACAAACUUCAGUACUAACAAACUUUUUUUAAAGUACAUUGUAAAUGAAUAGCACAGUGAUUUUGUAAAUUUGUAAUAUUUCUAUUUAUUUGAAUAAACAGUUAAAAUUGGUGAGGAAGCAUAUUUUGCCUGUUUAUUCUGCUCCUCCACAGUUAUGGGGUGGGACAGGAAAUAAAGGCUAUACUGUUGAACAAUCCUGUUUAUUUUUAAGUGCUAUUAUUUCAAUGGGUGAGAUUUAAGCAUAUAAAGCUCUCUCAGUUGAAAUGGAUAGGGCUGCAAAUUGCUUUGCUUUGAGUGAAAUUUUUAAAAGAAUUGCUGUUCUAUAAAGUAAAUCCAGCAGAUUGGUAAUCUCACACUGGAAUGAUAGCUAGGUCUUUGAGAUCAUUGUGCAUAAAGGACACAGGGAGGCAAGAUAAAAAGCAAAGGCUCUGCAGCAAAAUUGAGUUUUCUGAGGAACUCUGAGAGCUGCAUAUUUAGCACUUCUGUAUUUGUGUUGUGGACCUGUCUUUUAAGAGAACUGAUAGAAACAAACACCUAUUUUGACCCUAAAGGAUAAACAAGCCUUCUUUUCUUGCUAAUCGUUAACAAACUUUCAUAUGGAGCAAAACAAUAGCACAGAGUUAUAAACAAGAUAGUAGUCAACACUAGUCCCAGGCAGAGUACAUACACCCAUUGAAGUUAAUAGGCUUAGGUUUAGUAGGGAGGAAUUCAUAUCUGCUAAGGCAAUUGUUCCAUCAGGGCAAGCAUUUCCCCCUUCUCCCACCAUGUACUUUUCUGGGGGUUCUCCCUAUUUCCCCUUGCAAGGGGCUCAUGGGGAGGAGAGCCCCCUUGUGCAAGCAGAAGUCCCUACAUAGGGCUUCCAUGGAAGGGACUUGUUAGUUGAAUCUUUCCCUUAAUGUCAGUGGAUCUACUGUGAGUAGGGCUUUGUUGAAAUUCAGGUUAAGUUUUACUCAAAGCAGACCCAUUGAAAUUAAUGAACACCGAUCCUAUUGAUUCUACUUGAGUUAGGUCCGUUCAUUUCAAUAGCUCUGCUCUUUGUUGAAUUCUACCCAGAGUCCCUCAGCUGGAGUUGGUGCAUAAUGAUUACCCAAAUAAAGGCAGCAACCAGCGAUCGGGGGGGGGGGCGGGGGGCGGGGGGGGCUGAACAUGUUUUUUUUUCCCCUGACAUGAUUCAGCUUCUAACCUAAAUACAUCUUUGUGGCUUUAGUUUUGUGUGCUGCUUUUAUGCUUAUUUUAAAAUACAAAGAACACAUUCAUUGGAAGGUUUUUAAAUGCAACAGGCAAUGAAUUUCUCCAGAACAUUGAUGCCAGCCGCAAGUGAAAUGCUUUAGACCAGGGGUCAUUUCAUACAUUAUCUGAACAGCAUGGGAGCUGCUUGAAUGUGGCAGAAUCCCACGCUGCUCUCAGCACUUAGAACAGAAACAGCAACUGAUGGGGAUUCUCUCUGCUUCCCCUGCCAGCCUUGUCCAGCCCAUAAUGUUUUUCCUAACAGAUGUUACCAGGGUAGUGUGGGCCUAAGGAGGCAGUAGCUGCCACGUGACUCAGGUGGCACAUGGAACCACUGUCUUAUGAAUCACAUCUAUAGCUUGGAGAGAGAAAGAGAAAAUGAGAAUUAUUUGGCAAUGUCUCCCUGACUGGCAGUUUGGGAUGGAAUGGUGUGGAACACAAUAAUGCGGCUGCAAUAAAGAAAUAUUUUAACUAUGUUGCGCAUUAAGAUAGAACAAAAGAGUGCAUUGCAUGUUCCAAAAGAUUUUUAGACUCCAAGCAUUAAAUAUUAGCAUAAUUGUGAGCCUGUUGAACACAACAUGAUCAAAGCCUUUGGAAAGUUAAGUAGGGUUGCCAUACGUCUGGAAUUUCCCAGACAUAGUCAGAAUACUGCAGUCAGAAGCAGUGUCUGUGCAGAAAUCGCUGAAAUGUCCGGGAAAAUCCAGACAUAUGGCAACCAAUGUCAGAAGCCUAGAUUUUUGUGAAUUUCCUUAAAACUAGCCCCAAAACUUCUUUUUAAGAAAAAAAAGCUCAACAACUCUGGGCAAAGUUGUCGAAUUUUCACUUUUUGAAAUAUGGCAACCCUAGAGUUAUGCUCCUCCAAGUCUCAUCAAAGGUAACUGCUUCAGUAUGGGAUUAUCAACAGCCAGCCAGAAUAAACAGAACUGUUCACAUUUCCUAGCCCCAUAUAUAUGGAGCAUUCGGCCCUCCAGAUGUUGCUGAACUACAACUUCCAGCAAGCAUGAUCGAUGGCCAAGGGUGAUGGGAGUUGUAGUUUACCAACAUCUGGAGAGCCAAAGUUUCCCCACAUCUGCCCUAUAAUGAGGUUUGAAGUCUUAAGGAGAGGGAAGAGACAUCAGAGCUGUGAUUCUGAGAAAUUCUAAUACUGCUUUUUUUCUUCUACCUCAUUUCAUUCUUGCAGUGUGCUAUGAUGUAUAGUAGGUGACCUGUGGCCUUCUAGAUGUCAUCGGACUCCAACUCCCAUCAUCCCUGGCCAUUGGCCAUGCUGAGUGGGGCUUCUUUUAUUAUUUCUUUUGUUUGGUCUGUGACUUCUAGGUCCCAGAGGGUUGUUGUUGUCUUUUUUGUCCUGCCCCACUUUCCCAGAGUUUACUGCUGAAUUGGAAGACAUGCCAAUCCGCAGAAACCCCAAUUGACGCUUGCUUCAAUUUGGUAAUAAACAGAGGGUUUUCCAGGGAAAGUGGCAGGACAAAAGAAAGACUUCACAGACCUGUGCCUAGAAAUCAUGGCCCAAAUGGAAGCACAAAUGAGCCCUGAAUCUCCUGCCCCUUUCCUUCUUUUUAAACUUCUUAAACUUCUUUUUAAAAAAUGGCUUUUCAGACAGCAGCUGCCUGUCAACUUUUAUGUGCAAAUUAGCAUGUACAGUAUUUGUGUCAUGGGCCUAUGUCCCGAGUCCUUUCAAGUACCCAUCAACACCCCUGCUGCGUACAUUUGCACAUCUGGGCUGGCUUUUCUCUGGAUGACUAGCAUCCAAUGGUGAUUUGCAUUUUUAUAUAACCUCUCACCAUGUCCUUCAAUAGUCAGAGUGUCAACAAGUGAUGAGUGUUUGUAUUAAGUAUUGUUGAUCCAUGUAUGUACUGUUAAAAUUAUUUAUAUAUCAGCUUGUGGUUUUUAUAUAUUUGAGCCAUUAAAAAUUGUAUUUUGA